UAGUACAAUUUCGGGAUUUGGCAGGAUGUAACGAGCGUGUAAGAAACAGAGCGCGUCCUUCUCAGCCGUGUGUGUGCGAUAAUCGGGCAACAAGCAGCGCGACAGCAAAUUGUAUAUUACACAAAAUUCGCAAAAAAUCCAACGAAUCGUUUGAAUCCAAUUUCGAGUGAUAUAACAUAACCACAGAUCGUACUCGGUUAUAAUGCAAUAGCAAAGAGCCGCAGCAUUUCGAAAAUCCGGCAAAGUGAUUUUAGCCAAGUUAACCAAAAACCAAAUCGUCGAACUCCUCGGCUUGCCUCGGUUCAACCCCCUUCAACCCUUUCUCCAUUAACUCGUUGUUGCCGCUGUACUCGUACAUAUGUGUGCACUUGUUUUUGUGAACGUGUUUUGCCGCAAGCCGGUUAAAAAAUUAUUCCCAUAAUUACACCAUCCGAGUUGCAGGCGAGGAACUUCCGCGAAACAUAAUUACCGAAGAACAACUGACGUAGCCGAUAAUACCUGGCGGAUAAAUCGGAAUACCGAAUGCCGAAUGCCGAAUACCAAACGGCACACAGCACUGAAUCACAGCAAAAAAAAAAAAAAAUAAAACCAAAUAUAAAUCAAUAAGACAAAGAAUAAACUGCAUAUCUCAGAUUAUAUUUUAGAUAUAUGUAAAUGAAGUAGCCAUAAGAGUUCAUUAAGUAUUAGCUUCAGACAUAGUCAGGUAAACGUAUUCUGGUCAGAUAAGUAACAACAGCUUCCCUCCACAUGGUAAUCAUAUAUCUAUCGAUGAAUCGACAACCGGCGCUUGCAACUGCGACGCUCAAAUUCAAAUUGCGAUAAUGUCGACAACAAUCAAUUUGUGUGAUCUGCAACGACAACACCUUCUACAAAUGAAUGCGACGUGACGACAACAACUGCAAAUAUUUAUAACGCAUACGACAUGUUGCUGCCAUGCCAAUAAUGAUGAUGACAUCGCAUUUACUAACACAUCUUGUAAUAUCCGAUGAUUUUCGGCUUUCGAAAAUGUAUUUAACGAACGAUUGAAACACAUAAUAACUGCGACUAUAAACCAACAUAAAAUAAUCACCAAAAAAACACACCAACGCACCUCCCCCCGAACACACACACUAUAUAUACACACAAACUUCAAAACAAUCCUACACUGUACCGAAAACUUGCAACACUUGCAACACAAACGUUGACGUUGGUUUUUCCUAACCUGCAGCAAAAGUUUAAGUGCCAUUUGGCGAGUGAGUGAGUCCGUCAGCCGACGAGUAAGUCUGACAGAGACACGGCCUGUGUGUAAAUAAUAAAUAAUAAAUAAUAAAAAAAAAGAGAAUAAAAAGAGCAUUUAAAGUUAUUAGUAACCAUCGUUGUUGUUGAGUUGUUGUUGUUGUUACCAACUGUCGACAUACCCUUGCAACUGCCGGCGAAAACAUAGCGAAAUAAUGGGUCUGCAGAUGACAGCAGCCCGUCCAAUCGCAGCUCUCAGCCUACUAGUGUUGUCCUUGCUCACCUGGACUCACCCCACAAUCGUGGAUGCAGCCCAUCCGCCGGAGAUCAUCAGGAAGCCGCAGAAUCAGGGAGUCCGAGUGGGCGGCGUUGCUAGCUUCUAUUGUGCGGCCCGCGGUGAUCCGCCUCCAUCGAUAGUGUGGCGCAAAAAUGGCAAAAAAGUUUCGGGAACCCAGUCGCGUUACACGGUGCUGGAGCAGCCCGGCGGGAUUUCCAUACUCCGGAUUGAGCCCGUGCGGGCGGGACGCGAUGAUGCACCAUACGAGUGUGUGGCGGAGAACGGGGUGGGCGAUGCCGUUUCCGCAGAUGCAACUUUAACCAUAUAUGAAGGCGAUAAAACACCCGCAGGCUUUCCGGUUAUAACCCAGGGUCCGGGAACUCGCGUCAUUGAAGUGGGUCACACGGUCCUCAUGACAUGCAAAGCCAUCGGCAAUCCGACGCCAAACAUUUACUGGAUUAAGAAUCAGACAAAGGUUGAUAUGAGCAAUCCGCGCUACUCUCUCAAGGAUGGCUUCCUGCAAAUCGAAAACAGUCGCGAGGAGGAUCAGGGCAAAUACGAGUGUGUGGCUGAGAACUCAAUGGGCACGGAGCACUCGAAGGCCACCAACUUAUAUGUGAAAGUCCGUCGUGUUCCGCCCACCUUUUCCCGCCCACCAGAGACCAUCAGCGAGGUGAUGUUGGGAUCUAAUCUGAAUCUAUCCUGCAUUGCCGUCGGCUCACCCAUGCCGCAUGUCAAGUGGAUGAAGGGCUCCGAAGAUCUUACACCCGAGAAUGAGAUGCCAAUCGGACGAAAUGUCCUGCAGCUGAUCAAUAUCCAGGAGAGCGCCAACUACACUUGCAUAGCGGCCUCCACUUUGGGCCAAAUCGAUUCCGUUUCGGUGGUUAAAGUGCAAUCUCUGCCCACCGCACCCACCGAUGUGCAAAUCUCCGAGGUGACCGCCACUUCGGUGCGUCUGGAGUGGUCGUACAAGGGUCCCGAGGACUUGCAAUAUUACGUGAUCCAGUACAAGCCGAAGAACGCCAACCAGGCCUUCAGCGAGAUAAGCGGCAUCAUCACCAUGUACUAUGUGGUCCGUGCCCUGAGUCCCUACACGGAGUACGAGUUCUACGUGAUAGCCGUGAACAAUAUUGGACGCGGACCGCCCUCGGCACCAGCGACAUGUACCACCGGCGAUUUCUCAUUCGGUGGCACAAAAAUGGAAAGUGCACCACGUAAUGUCCAAGUGCGUACGCUGAGCUCGUCCACGAUGGUUAUUACUUGGGAACCACCAGAGACGCCCAAUGGACAAGUGACCGGCUACAAGGUGUACUACACGACCAAUUCGAAUCAGCCGGAGGCGUCGUGGAACUCCCAGAUGGUCGACAAUAGCGAACUGACCACAGUCUCGGAGCUGACGCCCCACGCCAUCUACACGGUCCGGGUUCAGGCCUACACAUCGAUGGGAGCCGGUCCAAUGUCCACGCCGGUCCAGGUGAAGGCCCAGCAAGGUGUGCCAUCGCAACCGAGCAAUUUCCGGGCAACCGAUAUCGGCGAGACCGCAGUCACACUGCAAUGGACCAAGCCGACGCAUUCCAGCGAGAAUAUCGUGCACUACGAGCUCUACUGGAAUGACACAUACGCCAAUCAGGCCCAUCACAAGCGCAUUUCCAACUCGGAGGCGUAUACCCUGGACGGACUCUACCCCGAUACCCUCUACUACAUCUGGCUGGCUGCAAGGUCGCAACGUGGCGAGGGGGCCACCACCCCGCCCAUUCCGGUGCGCACCAAGCAAUAUGUGCCCGGCGAUCCGCAAGAUGUGAAGGCCACACCUUUGAACUCCACUUCGAUCCAUGUCAGCUGGAAGCCGCCUCUCGAAAAGGAUCGCAAUGGCAUCAUCCGUGGGUAUCAUAUACACGCCCAGGAGCUGCGAGAUGAGGGCAAGGGCUUUUUGAACGAACCCUUCAAGUUUGAUGUGGUAGACACGCUGGAGUUCAAUGUGACUGGCUUGCAGCCGGAUACAAAGUACUCCAUUCAGGUGGCGGCACUAACUCGUAAAGGAGAUGGUGACCGGAGUGCUGCGAUUGUGGUGAAAACUCCUGGCGGAGUACCAGUUCGACCAACGGUGAGUCUGAAGAUCAUGGAGCGGGAACCGAUCGUGUCCAUCGAACUAGAAUGGGAGCGACCGGCGCAGACCUAUGGCGAAUUGCGUGGCUAUCGACUUCGAUGGGGCGUCAAGGACCAAGCACUGAAGGAGGAGAUGCUGUCAGGACCGCAGAUGACCAAGAAACGGUUUGAUAACUUGGAACGCGGAGUUGAGUACGAAUUUCGUGUGGCGGGCAGCAAUCAUAUUGGUAUCGGGCAAGAGACGGUGAAAAUAUUUCAGACACCCGAGGGAACACCCGGUGGACCGCCUUCUAACAUUACCAUUCGCUUCCAAACUCCGGAUGUACUGUGCGUGACCUGGGAUCCACCAACUAGGGAGCACCGGAAUGGCAUAAUCACCCGCUAUGAUGUUCAGUUUCACAAGAAAAUCGAUCAUGGCCUGGGAUCCGAGCGAAAUAUGACUCUCCGGAAGGCGGUGUUCACAAAUCUGGAGGAGAACACCGAGUAUAUCUUCCGGGUGAGGGCUUAUACGAAGCAGGGAGCUGGUCCCUUCAGCGACAAGUUAAUCGUGGAGACAGAACGUGACAUGGGUCGAGCACCUAUGUCCCUGCAGGCAGAGGCAACAUCGGAGCAAACUGCGGAGAUUUGGUGGGAACCGGUAACAAGUCGUGGCAAGUUGCUGGGCUACAAGAUCUUUUACACCAUGACAGCUGUCGAGGAUCUGGACGAUUGGCAAACGAAAACCGUUGGACUUACGGAAUCCGCUGAUCUUGUUAAUCUCGAGAAGUUUGCCCAAUAUGCCGUGGCCAUUGCGGCGAGGUUCAAGAACGGAUUGGGACGUCUUAGUGAAAAGGUUACAGUACGCAUCAAGCCGGAGGAUGUGCCCUUAAAUCUUCGCGCUCACGAUGUCAGCACCCAUUCGAUGACCUUGAGUUGGUCGCCACCCAUUCGCCUAACCCCGGUAAACUACAAGAUCAGCUUCGAUGCCAUGAAGGUGUUUGUGGACUCGCAGGGAUUCUCCCAGACCCAGAUCGUUCCCAAGCGAGAGAUUAUCCUUAAGCACUAUGUGAAGACCCACACUAUCAACGAACUCAGUCCGUUUACCACGUACAAUGUGAAUGUGAGUGCCAUUCCCUCGGAUUAUUCCUACCGGCCGCCCACAAAGAUUACGGUCACAACGCAAAUGGCUGCACCUCAGCCAAUGGUGAAGCCGGAUUUCUACGGCGUUGUUAAUGGCGAGGAAAUUCUGGUGAUACUGCCUCAGGCUUCGGAGGAAUAUGGACCCAUAUCGCACUAUUAUUUGGUGGUGGUCCCGGAGGACAAGUCCAAUCUGCACAAGAUACCCGAUCAGUUCCUUACCGAUGAUCUCUUGCCGGGCAGGAAUAAGCCAGAGCGUCCGAAUGCACCGUACAUUGCAGCCAAGUUCCCGCAGCGUUCCAUUCCGUUCACAUUCCACCUGGGAUCUGGCGAUGAUUAUCAUAACUUUACAAAUCGCAAAUUGGAGCGAGAGAAGCGCUACCGCAUCUUUGUGCGAGCGGUUGUGGAUACGCCACAGAAGCACCUCUACACCUCCAGUCCCUUCUCUGAGUUCCUAUCGCUGGACAUGAGGGAAGCUCCGCCAGGUGAGCGGCCCCACCGACCCGAUCCCAAUUGGCCCGCGGAGCCGGAAGUGUCGGUGAACCGCAACAAGGACGAACCGGAGAUUCUGUGGGUGGUGCUGCCCCUGAUGGUGUCCACAUUCAUUGUGUCCACCGCCCUGAUCGUUCUCUGUGUGGUUAAGCGUCGUCGCCAGCCGUGCAAGACUCCGGAUCAGGCAGCUGUCACAAGGCCACUGAUGGCCGCCGACCUGGGAGCCGGACCUACGCCCAGCGAUCCCGUGGACAUGAGGCGCUUGAACUUCCAGACACCCGGCAUGAUCUCCCAUCCGCCCAUACCGAUAUCCGAGUUUGCCAACCACAUCGAACGACUCAAGUCCAAUGACAAUCAGAAGUUUUCGCAGGAAUACGAAAGCAUUGAGCCGGGCCAACAGUUCACCUGGGACAACUCCAAUCUGGAGCAUAACAAGUCUAAGAAUCGCUAUGCAAAUGUUACCGCCUACGAUCAUUCACGCGUCCAGUUGCCAGCGGUGGAGGGUGUGGUUGGAUCAGAUUACAUCAAUGCCAAUUACUGUGACGGCUAUCGGAAGCACAAUGCCUACGUGGCGACCCAAGGUCCGUUGCAGGAGACCUUUGUCGACUUCUGGCGCAUGUGUUGGGAACUGAAGACGGCAACCAUUGUGAUGAUGACGCGAUUGGAGGAACGAACGCGCAUAAAGUGCGAUCAGUAUUGGCCCACUCGCGGAACGGAAACCUAUGGUCAGAUCUUUGUUACCAUCACGGAGACACAGGAACUGGCCACCUACAGCAUCCGCACCUUCCAGUUGUGCCGGCAGGGCUUUAACGAUCGGCGUGAGAUCAAGCAGCUGCAGUUCACAGCCUGGCCAGAUCAUGGAGUGCCCGAUCAUCCGGCGCCCUUCCUUCAGUUCUUGCGCCGGUGUCGCGCCCUCACGCCACCGGAAUCCGGACCCGUGAUUGUUCACUGCUCUGCGGGAGUUGGUCGCACUGGCUGUUAUAUCGUAAUCGAUUCAAUGUUGGAACGAAUGAAGCACGAGAAGAUUAUCGACAUCUAUGGGCAUGUUACUUGUUUACGGGCGCAACGGAACUACAUGGUGCAGACGGAGGAUCAGUACAUCUUCAUUCAUGACGCCAUCCUGGAGGCCAUCAUCUGUGGGGUGACGGAGGUGCCGGCUCGCAAUCUACACACCCACCUACAGAAACUAUUGAUCACGGAGCCCGGCGAGACCAUCUCGGGCAUGGAGGUGGAGUUCAAGAAGCUGUCUAACGUCAAGAUGGACUCGUCCAAGUUCGUAACGGCCAAUCUGCCGUGCAACAAGCACAAGAAUCGCCUGGUCCACAUUCUGCCGUACGAGUCAAGUCGCGUCUACCUGACCCCCAUCCAUGGAAUCGAGGGAAGCGACUAUGUCAACGCCAGCUUCAUCGACGGCUAUCGUUACCGUUCCGCAUACAUCGCCGCACAGGGUCCUGUCCAGGAUGCCGCUGAGGACUUUUGGCGCAUGCUCUGGGAGCACAACUCCACCAUUGUGGUCAUGCUGACCAAGCUCAAGGAAAUGGGAAGGGAAAAGUGCUUCCAGUACUGGCCUCAUGAGCGAUCCGUACGCUAUCAGUAUUAUGUCGUGGAUCCCAUUGCUGAGUACAACAUGCCGCAGUAUAAGCUGCGUGAAUUUAAGGUCACGGAUGCCCGAGAUGGCUCAUCGCGCACCGUCCGCCAGUUCCAGUUCAUCGAUUGGCCGGAGCAGGGUGUGCCCAAGUCGGGCGAGGGCUUCAUCGACUUCAUCGGACAGGUGCACAAGACCAAGGAGCAGUUUGGCCAGGAUGGACCCAUUACCGUGCACUGUUCGGCGGGCGUGGGACGUUCGGGUGUCUUUAUCACUCUGAGCAUCGUUCUGGAACGAAUGCAGUACGAGGGAGUACUGGACGUCUUCCAGACAGUGCGCAUACUGCGAUCCCAGCGUCCGGCUAUGGUACAAACCGAGGAUCAAUACCACUUCUGCUAUCGCGCUGCACUGGAGUACUUGGGCUCAUUCGACAAUUAUACAAACUGAGUGCAUUUCUCAAUGGGAUUGCCAGGUCCACAGAGCUAAAAUCUCAUCGACCCUGCGUUCGUUGCAUACUUAUUUCGAACUCUACGCAUAAUACGCAUUUACGAUAUACACGGAUAUCAUAACUCUAAAGUAUUAUAGCCAGCUACUGCCCACACUUACUUAAUACACCUAUACUUAUAUACGUGGAUAUGUUUAGUUGAUAAGCGCACCCCCGCCCGCAGGUUAUGUUACCAUUACGAUUCUUUGGGGGACUCGAUCUUAUAUAUUGCGUUCUAUUUUAUUGAUAAUGUAAACUAAAGAAGACUGUUACACGUUUAAUUAUCAAAACCUUAUAUAUCAACCCACAUGCACUUCUAUGUACGAGUAUGUGCAUCAAGAUUUGCUCGCUAAUGGAGAAGGAUGUCAAUCAACUUGUUGUUGUUCGUGGUACUGCCGCCGGAGUGACCAUGAAUGAGGGGCGCCACUGGAAACCGAUACAUAUUUGAACUAAGGACUUGGUAGCUAUUAGUCUUACCGCCUAAAUCGAAUCUCGAACGGAAGCAAAGGGUCGAAAGUAGAAGCCAUUUUAAGUAAAUCGAAAACUUCUGGCGAUUUGGCGCAAACUCCAGACGCUAUUAUAAUAUAUAAUACAAUCAAUCAAACACUGCUAUGUUAAUCAGUUUUCAUGCCUUGGUUAAUGGAAACCAGUAUAAACGGUCCGUGCAAUUAGUCAAAAGUCUUGCAUAGCGCAUAUUUUAUAAGGCAGCUAGAUUCUAAAAUUAGUUUUCAAACACAACUUACGUUUUGAUCUCCCCGCAAAAGAUGACGAACCUUAUGGACUGAUCGAUGUCUUGGUAGCUAACAGACAGUUCAAAUUUCAAAGACCAUUAUGAUAGAUCACAUACGCAACUUCCAGCCAAGCAGCUAUUUUAACUUCAACCUCAUUCCCUCGACUUCUAUUCAGUUCCCUAGUACAUUCCUGUAUAUACCACAGUCGAUACCCGAGCUAGCCACUUAUGUAUGUGUAAUUUAGAUUGAAAAGCUAUGAAAAGUUAUUGUACCUAAGGUGUAUGAAGACAUAGAGAAUAACCGAGCGAACAGAUUAGAAUGAUAACUGUAGAUAUGUACUGUAGCAUAUAAUUUUUACCAUAAAAUAGAGCGACACACGCGGUUAUAAAUAAACAUAAACAUAAAAUCGAGACAUUGGCAAUAGUUCUUAAGGUACAUAAUAAUGUAUAUAACUGAUAAGCUGUUUUGCAAAACGUUUGAAUUCGGCCUCGUAACUAUACAUAAAUAUAUAAAGAGUUAGCAAGCAAAUGCUUAAAAGCAAACACUAAAUUAUUAGCUGAAACACAUGUUAAACAACCAUAGUCAUAUGUAAACUAAAUAUUUAUACGAAAUAAAGGUAUUUGUUAUAACU